AUGUCAAGUUCCUUCCGAGCGCGCUGGCCUCCGCCACCAGCCCGAGAGCGCCCAUGCAGGCGGGCAGAGGAGUCUCGGCUGACCCGGUUGCUCACGCGAGGGCGCAGCGGCGAAGCGACGGAGCGACGCAGCGAGAGCUUUCGGUGCUGCCUUUCGCACGUCGCGAAUCCCUCGUUUUCUUCUCCUUCUUUUGGUUCGCCGCAUCUUCCUGUCGCGCCGUCUUCUUUGCAGCCCUCUUCUGCUCCGCGCUUCUGCGGUCUGUUUCCUUCUUUUAUCUCUCUCACUGCCGCGUCUCCGCCCUCCGCUGCCGUGUCUUGCACUUCUUCUCGAUCUUUUUUCCUUUCUGCGACCAGCGGCGCUUCUGGCUCCCUUCGCCGUCGUCCGCGUUUCGAGCCGCGGCCUCGAUUUCCUGCUUCCCGACUCGCGCCGUUGACUUCGCUUGCGCCUAGCUCCUUGGUAGCCGGCUCUGCGAAGGAGGGCGGGCGGCUUGCGCUGCCUUCGCAGCUUCCUCUCUCCUCUUUGCCUUCUCUUUGUCGCGUCUACUCUGCUGUGCGUGCCCCGGUGCCGCCUGCUUGCUGCUCUUCGCCGGUAUCCACACUGUUGGGCUCUUCUGCGGCCGCUUGUUUGCCUCCGCGCGGCGCCUCUCUUCCGCGGCGCGCCCCGAUAUCUGGUUUUUCAGCGGCGGUUCCCCGCAGCUUCUCUCCUUGGAGGGGUCAGCUGCCUGCGCAGCGCCUCGGCGCGAAGGAGCUCGCCGUCCUCGAAGACUUGUUCGUGACGAUUCGUGAGAGCACAUUCGCAGAGGCGCCUCCCCCGCCCUCUUGCGAUGACGAGGCAGGAGCAUCGCUGGGUAGCUCUUCUUCUUCUCGCAGCGCAGAGCUCUCAGCGGCCUCGUCGGCCCGGCGGGGCGGCGGCGGCGGCGAGGCGCGGCCUGCGCAGUUUGCGCUGUUUGCCGCGUUGUUCCCCGAGUCGCUGCUGUCUUCGCUGGAGGCCUUCGUGAACGCGUGGAGAGAGAAGGAAGUUUUAACGCAGCUGCUGGCAGACAGCCACGAGGCGCUCUGCGGAUGCGACCAGGCCCGCGCCGCUGCCCCCCUCUCGGCACAAGCGAGCGAUGCGGCGCCGCAGGUUCCCGAAGAAAAACGCGCUCUGAAACGACGAGACGAGCUCGAAGAAGAGAGCUUGCCGAGGCAGGCAAAAGAAGAGGAAAGAGACGACCUGCCGAGCUUCCUGACUGACGACGCCGACUGGGUUGCGGCGCACCUGGAGGCCUGCCGCAGCGAAGAAGUCUUUCUCGAGGAGUUCUACGUGACGCGGGCGGCCCUUCGGCAGGGCCUCGCGCAGGUUCGCGACGCAUGCAGCCCGCAGAAGGAGAAAAAGGACGAGGGAAAGAAAGACAAACAAACAUUCCUCCUCGACCCCGAAGAAGACGAAACUGCGCUCCAGGGAGACGCCGUUCUCGAGAUCCAAGCAGGCGUGGGCGGAGAGGACGCGGCGCUCUUCUCGCGCGAUCUCUUCGGCAUGUAUGAGGCGUUCGCGGCCUCGCGCGGGCUAGAUGCCUUUCGCUUUCUCUCCCUUGAGGCGGGGAUUCAUCGAGUUCAGCGCGUGCCGCCAACCGAGGCUCGCGGGCGCAUGCAGACGUCUGCGACGGCCGUGACUGUGCUGCCUCGCAGCAGCAACCUCGAGGACCGAAUCGACCUCUCGCCGCCGAAUCUGAAGAUCGACUUCAUGCGGGCGAGCGGACCUGGAGGCCAAAGCGUCAACAAGAGCGAGACCGCUGUGCGAAUCACGCACAAGCCAACAGGCACUUCGGUGCAUUGUAUGCGGACGCAGAGUCAGACCGAAAACAAGAGCUUGGCGCUAGAGCUUCUCCGCGCGCAGCUGCUGCAGCAACUCGUCCGACAGGCGAUGGAGGAGCGUGGGAAAGCGCUCGACGCGCAGAAGGGCUCGAAGGACAGAAGCGAGAAGAUCCGAACCUACAAUUUUCAGCGCGACGUGGUCACUGACCAUCGGUGUCGCAUGCAUGUACAGGGCGUGAAGAACUUUUUGGACUCGUCAGACGGCCUCCUGCCAAUCCUCGAAGUCCUCAUGCAGUCUCGCGAAGACGCGCAGAUCGCCGACCUGCUGGGGGAGAUCAAAGCCACUCUCGACCUCGUUCGGUGA